AAGUAUCCGAUAACAACUACAACGAACACAUCCUUCAGCUUGGAUUACGUAUUGCAGCCCGACGACAACGUCUUUGAAAAGUAUUCAGACACUUUUCACAUCAUGGCCAUGCUGCCAUCAUGGACCUCGCAGAUGGUCAAGACGUCGCUUCCAUACUGAGCACGGCCUUACCGGCACCUAUUGCGUCGCUCUCGCCAGAUUUGCCAGCCAAGACCUCAACCAAGGGCAUUGCCACCAUCAUUUGGCCCUACAGUGCUUUCAAGGGGACAUUUGCGUUUAUUCUCGCCGAGCCAGACUUCCGAUUACGUCUCAAGAAGGGCCAGGUCCGCGUCAACUUCACUGGAUCGGCAGCGGCAGCAGUGGGCAGUUGUGGUUUGGAAAGUCAAGAUGAGGUUUCACUUGUACUAGACGGCGCCGAGUGGUCCCAGGCUGUAGCACAGAGGCGGCAGAGCGUGUCCGGUGCCGAUAUCGACUGGCAGCUCACGUUCUCGGAAAGAGUCGCUUUGCAGGUCAGAUUGGCUGCGACAGGUGAAAUUAAAUUCAUUUCUGCCAAGGAUGUUCCGACUUCCAGCAAACCCGAGCUCGCGAGCGAAGCACUUGCCACUGCGCAGAUCGACUCUACACCGGCGCAAGUACCCGACGCACCAGUACCGAUAGUCUCUCCUCAACCAUAUCAGACGCCGGCGAAGCCAGCCAGAGUCAGCACUCUCGGCGAAAAUGAGUUUGAAUCGCCAGCGUUCAUCAAGAGAGCGAGGGCUUCCUAUGGCUCUCUCUUCGAGGACGGGUACGAUAUAUUCGAGGACGAUGGCGGUGCCAAGAAUCGUGGGCGCAAGCGCGCGCGCUUUGGCAGGAGCAGCACGUCAUGGAGAUAUACAAGCCAGAGCCCGAGUCCUGAGCCCGAAGAACCUGCCUCACCAGUGGAGAAGGCCAGUCUCGCGAAAAUGGUCGCGGCCGCAGACUCGACCCAGGAGAGCCAAAUGGCGAAGCCGACAACGAGUCCAUUCCAUGAGACUGCCGAGCAGAUACAAGCUAACCGUGGUGAGGACGAUAUACUUCAUGCCACCUCGGCAGCAGACGAAACCAUCAUAGAACCACAGGCACCAGCUUUCCAACUUGGUGCUCACCGAAGGGGAAGUCGUUCGCAAAGUCCAGCACAUGCUCAUGGCAGCUCUCUCGGCGAUGCUCACAUGCACGAAACUGGGACCGAGACGUUCUCUGCCCAAGCUGUGGGUCAUGUCCCAGGCGAAGCGAUGGGAUACUCGGCGACGCGUGCGCAGGACAGUGGGGUCGGCAAUGAUGAAGUAGCCAUCCCAGGCUGGAGCGCGAUGCCCAUGAACUAUGGUACUGAGCCGGAUCAGCACUUGCAUGUGGAUGCUAUACACGCCGAUAUGAUUGCUAGCGGUAUACCACAUAAUCUUGGUGUGCCUCUGCAUGAUAUCACUCAUGCGGCUGGGCCUAUCUUCCAAGAAGACGGCCACUUUCAUGUUACAGGCGAGAUACCCCUGGACCACACCCUGCACACUGGCAACCUUAUGCCGCAGCCAUUCGGACGAGCGGAAAGCCUUCACGACCAUCAUGAAUCGGACUACCCUCCCCUGGAGCCUGAAAUUCCGGCCAUCAGGGGAGAUGAGAGCGCAAUCAAGAUGCCGCCGAGUCAAGGGACGUUCAUCAGCAGUGGCUUCACAACGCACUCUCCACUCCUGGACCAGGCCGCCCCAAAUGGUGCGCUCCUUUCACAUCAUGGUGAACGACAUGGAUCAGAGGAUGCGUUUCAGAGCCAGCCCGGUUCAAGUCCUGGCUCGACUUCCGACCAGCCAGUGGUACUCGAUGACGAAUCCGAGGAGGAGGAAGAUAUUCACGACAAGCGUGAUGUUGCCAGCAGAGCUCUGCAGGCCGCUGGUAGCAAUAUCAUCGACGAGGACGCCGAGGUUGAUGAUGAAGUGGACGCGGAAUAUUCUGAAGAUGAGGAGGAACUCAUAGACGAUCCCGAUGACGAAGGUGGCGACUACGAUACCAGGAUCGAACCUGCUGACGACGAAGACGACAGCCAUGAUGAGGACUUACAAAUACACGAGCCAGAACCCGCGUUUGACGCUCCAGACAGCGAGGAAGACAGCAGUGUCGAGGAAGAAUACGAUGAGAAUAUGCAAGAUCUAGUCCACAGGGACGAGGAGGAAGAGGAUGAGGAAGAGGGAGAAGAAGACCAGGAUGCGCUAGCUCCACAAGUCGAGGACGAGGAGGGAUAUGAUGAAGAGGACGAGGAAGAAGAGCAGUCCGAAAUUUACGAGGACGACGAAGAUGCAGAUGACGACGGGGUUGAUGAGGAACAGUAUUCUGAGGAGGAAGAGGAAGAAGAAGAAGGGGAGGAGGAAGAGGAGGAAGAAGACGAUGAAAUGGAGGAGCCACUGCCGCCGCCACCACCGUCCAGAUUUAGUCGACCACAAGCUGCAAGCCAGCCUGUGGUCAUAGAUCUUUUAUCAUCAUCAGAAGACGAGGCGGAAGGCGAAGAUGUGCCUGUUCCAGUUCAAGAACAAAAUCGAAGCGCCACCAAACACGACAAUGAGAGCGUCGAUGAGGAGAUUGCGAGUGGCGAAGAUCUCGCAGACGAAGACGAGGACGAGGAGGAAGAGGAAGAGGAGAUGGACAGCGAAGAUGAAGAGGAGCAGGAGGAAGAUGGGGAAGAAGAGGGCGAGGACGACAACAGUAGUGUCGCGGGUUCAGCCGACGAGGAAGAUCAGGCGUGGGAGUCUGAUUAUGAACAUGAAGGACGUGCUGGGCGAGAUGAGAAAACGCCCUCAAUAGCACCUGUUCCCCCGGAGCCGUCCAAAGUCCAAAUCGCGGAAAGCAAGACCAGCCUGUCUGCGGCGGGUCAGGUCGGCCUCACCGACGAGCAGCCACAGCUGGCCACUACAAAUAAUCUCAAAGAGCGGCUGCGACUUGAUUCCGAUGCUAGCGAAACCAAGCAGCCGGAAGUGGCUAUGCCCGUGGAGUCGGCCCAGAAUGACGACAACAUUGAGACUGAUUUCACGGCUGGAGACGUAGAUAUGCCAGACGUUGAGGCAGAGAGGGAUGUGGCGACACACGAAGCUCGAGCGCCUGAAGCGUCGGCAACACAGUCUACGAAAGAAGAUAUCAGUGACCAGGCGCCUACACACAAGCCGCAGUCGCCGUCCUCCAUGGCUGGCGACAUAGUUGCGGACACAGACGUUCAGUUCGGGGAAGCACCCACUGAAGAUGAUAGACUACCGAGGUCUUCAUCCCCACGACUCAGCCCCGAACAAGCGGCUUUCCACGAUGCCGAACAUGAGGAGCAGAACCGGUCAGCGUUGUCUCAGUCACAACAAGACGAGUCACUUGAUGCUGGACCUGACGAUGCCUUGGACGUUCGGGUGGAGCACUCCCAGGAAGUCGAGAGUGGCGCCGUUGCGCGGCAACUUCCAACGCCCAUGGACACUCAGAUCGCCCAGGAAACCAUCCAUCUCGAAGAGAAGUUCACUUUGAACGUUAUGGCUUCGCAAAGUCCUCCAUCCCAGCCAGAAGUGAUGUCGCUUGAGCAACAAGGUCUUUCCAUCACGACUGAAUCAACCGUAGAAGCUGCAAACAGCGCGACACAGACAAGGCACCCGCAAGCUAGCCUUAAGGCAGACACAACUACAACGUCUCCUCGUCAAGCUUCUAUGGAUGCCAUUGAACCUACCCAGAUCACGAUUUCUUCACCGCAGGCCACCGAUUCAUCUCAUCUUGUCUCGUCCGUGGAGGAUCUGGCUAGCUCAACCCUGCCUGCUCCCGUGUCGGCUCAGCCAGCGUUGCCAGGCCCUCUCUUCACGGACCUGGACGACGAAUUGCAAGCAAGCCUGUUGGAGGAGUACAGCCAGGAGCUAGAUUUUGCGAUGAAAUCACCCAGCGGAUCAGCUGCCCAAGAGGCGACACCUCCCGCGAGAGUGUUCACGCCUCCGCGGUUGCCCCAAAUGAUGGAUGAGUCCCCUGACGUCGACGCUGGGGCGCGGCUUGUGAGAACUGCCAACCGUGCACAGAGUGAAUUUACUCGGCCAGACAUUUCGCCACGGGCUCAAAGACUGCUGGCGAGAGGACGCCAUGCACAGAGAACACCAUCUCCAAAGCCACCGUCCACGAAACUUCAGUCGUCUCCCACGCAGCCCUCAGCCACCUCUCAAAACUCGAGAUCACCAAAGAUCCCGAUCGACUCGUCGCCCGAGAUCGAGGAUCGCAGCGUUCUCCUUGCUAGGGCGUCGGCCCCGAAGCAAGCAGCAUCUUCAGCCAGUUCUGUCAAGGACGACUCUCUUAAGCUCGAAGACGACUCGGAGUCUAUGGCUACGAUCAAGCUGCACCUCGCCAGGCACCUUCGCGACGAAUUGCGCGACUGCUACAUCCUUGAGGGCCUGCGUUACCAUCUCAACCAGGUUGCCAAUGUCAUUGCGGUCGUGAUGAUGUCGCCCGCAGAGCCGCAGCGCACAAAGGCACGCGAGUACGCCAUGUCGUUCACCAUCACGGACCACAGCAUCGGCCCCAACACGGUCAUGGAGGUGCAGUUCUACCGCCCGCACAAGGAGUCGCUGCCCGUCGUGAAGCCCGGCGACGUCGUCCUCCUGCGCCGCUUCAAGGUGCUGUCCCUCACGAACAAGGGCUUCGGGCUCCGGACGCAGCCGGACGGCUCGAGCUGGGCCGUCUUCGACCGCGAGGGCGAGCCGCCGCAGGUUAAGGGUCCGCCGGUCGAGUACGACGCCAAGGAGUCUGUGUAUGUGGACUAUCUGCGCGAGUGGCAUGGUCUGCUGGACGAGAAGGCGCGCGCCAGGCUCGAGCGUGCAAACAAGCGGAUCAUCGAGGCGAGCGGGAAGAAAAGGUAGACUGCGCGAACAGGCCUUAUGAUACACAGGAUAUGUUGGAAAAUGUUGAUGUGUAGCCAUGCAACAAUAAUUCAAUGGGUGGUGGAAGGUUUGUGGCAACAGAUUGACGAGCGUGUUGCG